AUGUCUUAUGUGUCCUCGUUGUUGUUGUUGUUGUCGCUGCCAGUCCUGUGUAGCAUCAUCGGCACCUCCACCGCUGCAUCCUCAGGAUCCCGGAAGUGUGAGGACAGCUUGGCCACUCCUCUUCCCUACAGCUCCUUCACCAGUUCAUCAGUGCAUGGCAGAGGAUAUGGAGCUGGUUACGCCAAACUCAACCGAAAUCAAGGUUCAGGAGGCUGGUCGCCCUUGGAUUCGGACCGUUACCAGUGGUUACAGGUGGACUUGGGUUCUAGGAAACAGGUGGUUGCCAUAGCGACUCAGGGUCGCUACAGUAGCUCUGACUGGACCAGCAAGUAUCGGCUGCUUUACAGUGACACACAGAAAAACUGGAGGCCUUAUCUACAGGAUGGAAACAUCUGGACAUUUGAGGGCAACGUGAACGGCGAGGGUGUGGUUCGCCAUGAGCUGCAGCACGCCAUCCUGGCUCGGUACAUCCGCUUCAUCCCGCUGGAGUGGAGCAGGGAGGGACGCAUUGGAGUACGUCUGGAGCUCUAUGGCUGCUCAUACUGGUCAGAUGUGAUCAGUUUUGACGGCCACGGCGUCAUUUCUUACCGCUUCCGGAGUAAGAAGAUGAAGAUCGUGAAGGAUGUCAUCUCUCUGAAGUUUAGAACCACAUCCAGAGAUGGGGUCCUGCUCCAUGGAGAAGGACAGCAGGGAGACUACAUUUCCCUGGAGCUCCACCGGGCAAGACUGCAGCUCAGCAUCAACUUAGGCAGUAACCAGUACGGUUCCAUUCAGGGUCACACCUCUGUGCUCAGUGGGAGCUUACUGGACGACGACCACUGGCACUCAGUUGUCAUAGAGCGUUACCGCAGGAAUGUCAACUUCACUCUGGACCACCACACCCAGCAGUUCAGGACGAAUGGAGAGUUUGACCACCUGGACCUGGACUAUGAGAUCAGUUUCGGGGGACUGGCUGUAUCGGCGAAGCCGAGCUCAGGAGGCCGACAGAACUUUGUGGGCUGCAUGGAGGGAAUCACCUACAAUGGAGACAACAUCACUAACCUGGUCCGCAGGAAGAGGGUGGACACCUCCAGCUUCCGUAACCUGACGUUCUCCUGCGCCGAGUCCAACUCCUUCCCCGUCUUCUUCAACUCCACGUCCUUCCUGCGGCUGCCGGGUCAGAGCGACAGCGACACUCUGUCCGUCAGUCUGUCUUUCAGGACGUGGAACCCCAACGGCCUGCUGAUGUUCACGGCGCUGGCCGACGGCUGGGUGGAGGUGGGACUGUCGGAGGGCAAGGUCACCGUCUACAUGAAUGUGACGCAGAAGAAGAACACGCGCAUUGACAUCUCAUCAGGCUCAGGUCUGAAUGAUGGUCAGUGGCACAGUGUCCAUCUGAACGCUUUGGAGAACUAUGCAAUGUUGACAGUCGAUGGGGACGAAGCAUCCACAGUCAGGACAGCUAUCCCCAUCCAAAUCCAGACCGGAGGAACCUACUACUUUGGAGGUUACUUCAUGCACACUCACACCCGAUCGUCUCAGCGCUCCUUCCAGGGCUGCAUGCAGAUGAUCCACAUAGACGACCAUCUGGCAGACCUCAGGGCCGUGGAGCAGGGCCACAUUGGGACCUUUGAGAACGUCAGCCUGGACAUGUGUGCCAUCAUAGACAGGUGUGUUCCUAACCACUGUGAGCACAGCGGUCGCUGUUCUCAGACGUGGGACACGUUCAGCUGCAACUGUAGCGGCACCGGAUACACUGGAGCUACCUGCCACACCUCCAUGUAUCAGCAGUCCUGUGAAGAGUACAAGCACCAGGGGAAGAGCUCCGGGAGCUACUGGAUCGACCCAGACGGCAGCGGAUCUGUUGCCCCCUUCAGGGUCAGCUGUGACAUGACAGAGGAAAAGGUUUGGACCACCCUGAAGAACAACCUGUCUCCUCAGACUUCAGUCACCAGGGCAGACCAGGAGGGGAAGGCAGUGCUGCAGAUCACUUACAAUGUGACUGAUGAACAGGUGUUGUCAGUCACCGGCAGUGCUGAGUACUGUGAACAGUAUGUAGCCUACGCCUGCCGGAUGUCUCGUCUGCUCAACACUCCAGAUGGUGUCCCAUUUACCUGGUGGGUAGGAAGAGCCAAUGAGAGGCAUUCCUACUGGGGGGGGUCAGGACCAGGGAUACAGAAGUGUUCCUGUGGUAUCGAACACAACUGCUCUGACCCCAAACACUACUGCAACUGUGACGCCGACCUGCGCUCCUGGAGGGAGGAUGCAGGCCUGUUGGUGUAUAAAGACCAUUUACCAGUCAGUCAGGUUGUGGUUGGUGAUACAAGCAGAGCUGGAUCUGAGGCCAAACUGACAAUAGGGCCACUCAAAUGCAGUGGGGACCGGAGGUACUGGAACGCAGCCUCCUUCACCAGCCCUGCCUCCUACCUCCACUUCCCUUCCAUCAGAGGUGAAACCAGUACUGACAUCUCCUUCUACUUUAAGACUUCCUCCACCCAUGGAGUCUUUCUGGAGACCCUGGGAGCCACUGACUUCCUUCACAUUGAGCUCAGAGGAGGCUCGGUUGUUUUCCUCUCCUUUGACGUGGGCAGUGAGCGGGUGGAGCUCAGCGUGCGCUCGCCUGUGCCCCUGAAUGACGACCAAUGGCAUCGCGUGGAGGCUGAGAAGAACAUCAAGGAGGCAGCGCUGCAGCUUAACGGACAGUACAGAGAGGUUAGACCCACGCCGCCACAGGGACACACCAAACUGGAGUUCCACAGUGAUCUAUAUGUUGGUGCCUCGAGUGGUCAGAGGGGUUUCUUGGGCUGCAUGCGGGCUCUGAGGAUAAACGGUGUGACCUUUGACCUGGAGGAGAGGGCAAAGGUGACUCCAGGGGUGAGUCCAGGCUGCCAGGGCCACUGCAGCAGCUACGGGAUGCACUGCAGGAACGGAGGCAAGUGUUUGGAGCACUACAACGGAUACUCCUGUGACUGCUCCCUCACUGCGUACGAUGGACCCUUCUGCACCGACGAUGUGGGCGGCUACUUUGAGACAGGGACCUUGGUGCGUUAUGACUUCCUGUCGGAGGCGGGACCUUUUGCGUUGCGGGAGGUGAGAAGCCUGGCGGGUGUUAGUGUUCCUGGGGAGGCCAACCUGACUCAGGAGGAGCUGGUGUUCAGCUUCAGCACCUCCAGCACUCCCAGCAUCCUGGUCUACAUCAGUUCCAGGACUCAGGACUACCUGGCUGUGGUGCUCAGGCACAACGGCACUCUCCAGAUCCGCUACAGUCUUGGGGGGCUAACAGAACCUUAUACCAUAGACGUUGACCAUCGUAACAUGGCCAACGGACAGCCUCACUCUGUCAACAUAACAAGAAAUCUAAGAGAGAUACGACUACAGCUGGACCACUACCCAGUGUCCACAUACACCCUGCCUGAGGCCUCGGACACUCAGUUCAACUUGGUCAAAAGUAUCUUUCUCGGGAAGGUCUUUGAAACGGGACAGAUUGACCCCAUCCUAAUCGAGCGCUACAACACGCCGGGCUUUGUGGGCUGUCUGUCACGAGUUCAGUUUAACAGCAUUGCGCCGCUGAAAGCCGCGCUGCGCUCGGGCCUGGCGGCGCCCGUCAGCACCCACGGGAUUUUGGUCCCGUCCAACUGCGGAGCCUCACCGCUGACCAUCUCCCCCGUGGCCUCGGCGAGCGAGCCCUGGCACAUGGAAGCAGCUGGAGCUGUUUUCCUCUUCAAUGAGGACAAAGCCAGUGGCGAUGGAGUGGAUCGCAACUCUGCCAUAAUUGGAGGCAUCAUCUCCAUGGUGAUCUUCAGUGUCCUCUGCAUCAUGGUGUUUGUGAUCCGGCACCUGUUUCGUCAUAAAGGCUCGUACCACACUAACGAGGCGAAGGGAGCGGAGUCAGCAGACUGUGCCGACGCGGCCAUCAUCGUCAACGACCCGGCCUUCACCGAAACCAUCGACGAGAGCAAGAAGGAGUGGUUCAUCUGA